UUAAGAAACACUAUACAGGAAGUAGCUAGCUACAUAACUGCAUUAGGUUGUCUGCCGGGUUGUUUAUUUAUAGCCGCUCAUAUCUGAAUGUACGUUUUGUGUGAGCUUCUGGACCGAAUGACAUUGACUGCGUUUACUGUGCAAUUUGUUUACCUCGCUGCAUGCAGUUGAAUCGAAAAAUUAUGAGAGAGAGGGUGUGUGUGGUGGUGUGAUCCUGUGUGUCUUCUCUGUGCCAUGGAGAAGCCGUGGAGGCUGUGGGGCUCGGUGGAGCGCUGUGCCCUGGCCUUGGCCUCCUGGUCCUGGGGUGCCUGUCGCAUCUCCCUCCUGGCCCUUAUCCUCACCUUCCACCUCUAUGGAGGCUUCUUCCUCCUGGCUCUCAUCCUGGCCUCGGUGGCUGGCAUCCUUUACAAGUUCCAGGAUGUGCUGCUCUACUUCCCUGACCAGCCCUCCUCCUCCCGUCUGUAUGUGCCCAUGCCCACAGGCAUCCCCCAUGAGAACGUCUACAUCCACACCAAGGACGGCGUGCGCCUCAAUCUUAUCUUGCUCCGCUACACUGGUGGAGACAGCCUGGGCAACCCUGGGGUCGCCCCCGGCAAUGCAUCUAACCCCUGCUCCACGGCCCCACCCACCAUUCUCUAUUUCCACGGCAAUGCGGGCAACAUCGGGCACCGGGUGCCCAACGCGCUCCUGAUGCUGGUGAACCUGAAGGCCAACGUGGUGCUGGUGGACUACCGGGGGUAUGGGAAGAGCGAAGGUGAGCCCAGUGAGGAUGGCCUGUACCUGGACGCCCAGGCCACGCUGGACUACGUGAUGACCCGGCCCGACCUAGACAAGACCAAGGUGAUGCUGUUCGGCCGCUCUCUGGGGGGGGCGGUGGCAGUACGCCUGGCCUCGGCCAACCCUCACCGCGUGGCGGCCAUCGUGGUGGAGAACACCUUCCUCAGCAUCCCCCACAUGGCCGCCACACUCUUCUCCUUCUUGCCCAUGAGGCUUCUGCCCUUAUUGUGCUACCGGAACCAGUUCUUGUCCUACAGACAGGUGGCGCUGUGCCGGAUGCCCUCGCUGUUCGUGUCAGGCCUGUCAGACCAGCUCAUCCCACCUGUCAUGAUGAAGCAGCUGUACGAGCUGUCGCCGGCGCGGACUAAACGGCUGGCCAUCUUCCCAGAGGGCACGCACAACGACACGUGGCAGUGCCAGGGCUACUUCGCCGCUCUCGAGCAAUUUGUCAAGGACCUGAUGAAGAGCCACGCCCACGAGGAGAGAGUCCAGUCCACGGCCAGCGUCACCAUCAUCUAGUCUAGUGUGGAGGGAGGAAGACUGUCUGGUCUAGAGAAAACCCUGCAUUCCAUACUCCCUAUACAGUUGUGUAGAUCGGAAAUGAUUGAAUAAGACUAAUAAGCAAAAUGGAAAAGCUAGGGCAAGGUGCAGCCAACCACUACCAUAUUGCUUAUACCUGUCCAGUUCUUUAUGAUCUACUUUAAGUACCUAUGGUGGGUUAUGGGUUGUUCCUGGACCAGGUCAUGGAGUUAGUGUGAUGGUAGGAUACAGGAGAGUGGGUAUUACUCCUCCAUUUGAAUGAACAGGAGUAACUAAACUGGGCUCAACUACUAGGGUCAGGUUAGAGAGAAUGUACAUUUCUAUGUUUUUUGGGAGGUUUGGUUUUUAUUAUCUUAUUCUGUUGGUGUAAUUGUACCAGAUCAAACAAUUGGGGAGUAUAUUUGGAGGGGGACAGUGUUUAUGAUGUGGGGGGAUGAUUAACAUGGAAAUGCUUUUGUGUUUGAACUAUGAAUGCAUGGGUGAAUAUGUACUUGUUAUGGCCUUCUUUGAAUGGCUUACACACACACACCAUACACACAACCAUGUUCAUACUGUCAGACACAACACAACCACAGGUUUUUACAAAUAACAUAACAGAAUUUCAGUAAAUCAAUAAAAAUGUUUGAUUAGCGUAAUAGCAUUUCAGUAACUCAAUAAGAAAUGUUUGACAAAUAUGAUAGCUUUUCACGAAUUCAAUAAAAGUCUUGCCUUGUUGUAAUGACGUAAGACCCAAGAUCUUGGCAUUUAAAAAAAAAUAUAUAAUCUAUGCUAUUUCAGGAUACGCUGUUUUAAAGUUAAAUGUGUGAGGAUCUUAAAGGCUUCAUAAUAUAAAAUCAUGUUCAUAUCAGUUGGUAGAUUACCAUGUGGGCUGUACCGUAUUGGUUCUCUGUAGACUGUGUGGCACAUUGAAAAGCUGCACAAACUGCAAGUUUCCCUACCAAACUGUUUUUGUUAGAAAUCCCUUGAUUAUAUUCCUUUUUUGCAAAGGUCCCGUUCUUAUGUUCUCUGACAAUAAAUAUCAACUCCGAUGUGGCCAGAACUGUUUGUCAACUCUUUGCAUAGUUUACCCAUGACCCUUUAUCUUGGUCGGCCACACCAGGGCUUUCAGUUGGAUGUGAACUUCAGGUCAUGACGUGAGCUGUGUCUGUCUGUAAAAUACACAUCUAUCUGCAAUGUUCUGCACACUAUUAAAAAUCUAAGCGCACUCUCCCAAAUACCAUGGCCUGAAAAAACACCUGGCUCUACUUUAUACUUCCUGUGAGCCAGGUACACACAGGCUCUGGUUAGAUAGUGUGUGUGUAAUGAUUGAAUUCUGAUCCCUGUGUUAUUGACUUGAGUGGGACUAAGUUGUAUUAUUAUUUGUGUUAAUCUAUUAUUCUCAACAUAAUUGUUCCUUCGAGUAGGCUAGUGUCUCAUCUCACCCCAUGGCUCUUGUGGAGAAAUGGCUUUAUCCUCUUGGAGUGCUUUUCACAAGCUAAUUAACCUUUCCUGCAUGUCUCCCAGGGACUGAAGGUGAGCUAGACCAGUGUUUCCCAACUGUGGUCCUUGAGUACCCCCAACAGUACACAUUUGUGUUGUAGCCUUGGAAAACACUGCUCAUUGAGGGCUUGUUGACAAGUUGAUUCAGGUGCUUGUGAGCUAGACAAUAAUAAACUCUUACUGUGCUGGGUCCUGUUCAUUAGGCACCAAACAAAAGGAAACGUAAUGAAACAUGUCCAAAAAGAAACGCUAAUGUUUAGUUGUCCAUUGUAAAAUGUUUUGCUACGGUGUGCCCUAAUUAAUAUGACCCUGCUCUCAGUCUCAGUGCAGCAUGCUGCAGUGCAGUUUUACAGUAUUGAAGCCAUUCUGACACAACAAACAGACACUCAGCAUCAGCAGACAUGUUGGCUCUAGAGUCUAACUUCAGACUAAACUCUCCAUCACAGUGAGAUGAAACAGUCUCAGUGUUGGUGACGUUUCUGGUUUUAACUGUUUUAACUUUUAUAUAGGGCACUUAUUUUACAAUAUAUAGGCAAUUACCUACUGAAUGUGCAGUCAGUGUGGAUGUGAGUUGACCAGUGUGCUUUACAUGAAGAGAAACUGUACAGUGUGAGAUCCCCAGCAUUAUAUAGCGUUAUGUGGGACGUUUUGUAACCCAACAAGGGGUGCAUGCUUUGUCUGCAGUGGUUGGCUUGUGUGUGUAUGAUGGACAAACACUUUACUGAGUCUGUGUUGAUGCAUUUGUGUUUAUAGACCUUAUAGUACCAGUCUACCCUCUCUGAGAGUAGACUGCCAAAAUAUUUCAAUGGCAGGAACUGACUGGCUUGCUGCCAUAUCAAAGUGUGUGUGAGUGGAGUGUGUUGCUGUGCUGUCACAAUCAGACCCUGUCAGUUACACACACCACUACCUGUAGACAAUGACCUGGCAAUGUGCCAUAAACAGUGGGAGUCAAUACCCAUUAAAUUUAAAUUACUGUAAGAUGACUUGGACAUAGUUGGACAUAGUGCAAUUUCUGAAUUGGCCCAGACUCCCACCAAAGUUGUUGAUCGAGUUGAUAGGUGUGGGAUUUUUUUAUUUUAUACUUUACUGAUAGAAUCUUUGGCCCGGCCUGAUUACCAACCACCGACGAGCUCCCAUUGUGAAAUCAUUUCAAAUCGAACUGAAUGUUUUGUCUCAAAGCAAUUGCUAUUCUACAUGUUUGCACUGGCAUUGUGUAAAAUAGCCUUUGUACAGUUAUCUGAUUAUUAAUGCUUCUCAGAAUGGUGUGGAAGCUGACAAUAUGCAGGAGAGAAGGAUGCAUGGGUAUUAUUGAUGUACUGAAGUGUUCAUAUGUUGACAUACUGAUAUAUUGAAGCACUAAAUGCAUGAUGAUGGUGAUGAAUGUUCACUCUUCUCUGAAUCGGAGGCUUAUGGGUAUUGUAGUUGAGCACUCUGUACCUUUUCAUUAACUGAAUUUGUAAUGUUCAUCCAUUCAGUUUAGGAAAACAACCAUUGCACUCAUUUCCCUACUCUAGUGUUGAUGUUUUUUUAAAAUAUUAAUUCAUACACAAUCUCACUUUCUAUUCUCUGUACAGUAACAUGCAAUAACUGAAUAAACCCAAGAUUCUGCUAAA